AUGGGGCGCGGGACCCCUGGGGACUGCACAGACCUCGCAGCCGCUGCGCGCCCGCUGACCGAUUCCCUUCUCGCUUCCCUUGCAGAGCACUACAAACACCACUGGUUUCCCGAGAAACCUUUCAAAGGCUCUGGGUAUCGCUGCAUCCGCAUCAAUCACAAAAUGGACCCCAUUAUCAGCAAGGCAGCCAGCCAGAUCGGACUCAGCCUCCCGCAGCUCUACCAGCUCCUGCCCAGCGAGCUCACGCUCUGGGUGGAUCCCUACGAGGUCUCGUACCGCAUCGGUGAGGACGGCUCCAUCUGUGUCUUGUACGAAGCGACGGGAACAAAACCUGCGAGCUCCUAUGGGAUGCUCACCUGUAAGAACCAGCUGAUGUUAGGUCGCACCAGCCCUUCCAAAAACUACAUCAUGACUGUCUCCAGCUAA